AUGGCGACGGGCAUCGACCUACCAGCCCUCCAAAAGGAGUUGAAAGGGUUCCAGGGGAAGAUUGACAGCUGGACGCAACGCACCGUGUCCACCGCAGACCAGACCCGACAGGAGCAUGGACAUCGCAUCAAGGAUCUGCAAGACAUACACCUGCUGCUGCACGCCACAGGCCUGUCGGAAGAAAAGGCCCAGCUGCUGGCAGCACAAACCGCUGCAGUUCAGGCGGCCGCAGAGGAGGCAGCCCUCCCCAUCCUACUCGCCGAGCAGCGCAGCAUGGUCGAGGAGGUUGACAGGGAGCUGCAGGCGCAGCAGUCAAUCGUUGCCAGCGCCGAAGCCCAGAAUCUUGCCAAGCUGGGAGCCCUGGAACAUGACGCCCACCGCCUGUUGAUAGGCCUGAACGACAUUGAUCCACGCCAGCCGGAGCGCGAAUUCACCUUUGCAGUCCACAUCCAAGGCAGCGACACGUACUCAGUGUCCAACGUGUCUCAGGAGCUGCCGGAGCUCCCAGAGCUGCAGGCUGCCCUGCAGUCCACCGGCAACUUCUGUGCGUUCGUGCGCGGCAUGCGGACAGCCUUCGUGGCAGCGGUGAGCCGCGAAUCGCCACCUUGA